AUGUCAAAACGACACCGCGACGACCACUGGCAACAAAGGGGGCCCAAGUUCCACUUUGUACUUUGGGAAAAUUGCCCCAACGGCUUCGUCUAUGAAGCACCGUUGCGGCUGGAAGAUGUCUUGGAAAACAAUGGCUGCACUUCACCGCCUGUCACCGGGCCGCGGCUUUGCCUGGAAUGCGAUGGAGUGGUAGAAGCCUGGAAAAGAAAUUUGGAUCUUGUGCACUGCUGUAUGAGAAUGACGGCUAAAGAAGGCCGCGCCUUUCGACCGGAAGUCUUGCACUUGGCAGCCUUGUCGCCACAGACAGCAAUCAGCUACACUGUGGAAUCCUUUCGGCUGUACAACAAAAGGCGGCGAAAGAACGUGCUCACCGAGAGUACGGUGCUGGCGGUGCCGGUGCACGUCAUGGAGGGCCUUGUGUCGCCCAACGAGUCCGGCGUGGCGGUGGAGCAGCUUCGUGGGGUCGUGCCUCAAGCCGCAGCAUCUGAGUUGAGAAGCAGGUGCAGCCUGCUGCUUCCACACAGAGGCAGAGCAGGUGGUAGCAACAAUGACAGAAAGCUCGCGUUGCGCUGUCACAGAGGGACAGAGAUCUCGAGCAAGAGAUUCAAUGGGGCUGGAGUGGAAGUGACGAGGAAGUGUAUACCAUGCAUCUCGAGUCCUCUGAGGCAUUGGGAACAACGUGACCUUCAGGAUUUGGCAGAACACUCUGCGAAUUGA